AUGAACCAAAAGAUCCGCAACGCGCACGCCGACGUGAUCACCCUCGGCGACCGCGCGGUGCAGGGACUCAUCGACGCCGUCCGUUCCAAGAUCCACCCACUCUUCAAAAUCAGCGAGUCCAUUGCCCUGCUCGACAUGCUCGCCUCUCUCGCCCAACUAGCAAUCCUCAAUAACUACGUCAGACCAGAGAUCACGGAUACUCUGGCCAUCAAAGCCGGGCGGCACCCGCUGCGCGAGAAACUCCAGGCCGAACGCUUCGUCCCCAACGAUGUCUACGCCACGCAGCAGAACCGCUUCCAGAUCAUCACGGGCUGCAACAUGAGCGGGAAGAGCACAUAUAUCCGCAGCAUUGCGCUGUCCACUAUCAUGGCGCUGAUCGGCAGCUUCGUGCCGGCCAGCUACGCGUCGUUCCCGAUCACGCGGCAGCUCUUCGCGCGCGUGUCGACGGACGACAGCAUCGAAGCCAACGUGUCUACUUUCGCCAGCGAGAUGCGGGCGAUGGCGUUCAUUCUGCACAACAUCUCUGAGCACAGUCUCGUCAUUAUCGACGAGCUCGGGCGCGGGACGAGCACGACGGACGGAUUGGCGAUCGCCAUUGCUAUUGCCGAGGCGUUGAUCGAGUCCAAGGCGCUGGUGUGGUUCGUUACGCAUUUUCGAGAUCUACCGCGAAUCUUGGCCGAGCGUGCAGGUGUAGUCAAUCUGCAUCUUGCCGUGGAUAUCAGCGAUGAUUAUUCCAAGAUGAAGAUGCGCUACAAGAUCUCGGACGGGUACGAGGAGGAGAAGUUCUACGGCCUGGCGCUGGCGAAGGUCAUCGGUCUACCUGGGCAGGUGGUCGAGGUCGCCGAGGGUGUGUCGAGGAUGCUGCAUGAGCGGAAUGAGGCGCGGAGACGAGAUCCACAGGCUACGGCACUGGCGAGACGGAGGAAGUUGCUGUUGAAUCUGCGUGAGCAGCUUGUUCAAGCCAGGGAGAGUUGCGCGAGUGGUGAAACCGAACCAAGGAAUCUCACCGCGUGGUUGAAGAGAUUACAGGUCGAGUUUGCGGUGAGGAUGAGGGCUAUUGAUGCUGAGACCGUGGGUGGGAGCACGACUGGACGGGACGCCUCGAUGGGUGAAGCGUACGAGCAGAGGUGUGUACGAGGCGGGACUUCAGUGAAUGACUUGCCGGGAGCAGAUGUGCGUGCGUGCGACAGCUCCGUCAUCGAAAUUGAAGAGGAGGAAUACCUGUUGAAGGAGCACGAGGCUGCGCACCCCUUUCCGACCGAUGUCCAGGUCAAACAAGAGGAGGCAUACCAGUUGAUGCAGGAGGGUGACUCCGAUUCUGAGGCAACGGUGGGCAGUCAGACAGAGACUGGAGACGAUGAGGUAAUUAUGGACUUGACCAAGGAAGAAAGGAGUGCCUGA